ACCACCUGGAUAUAAAUCCUCUUCUCCUCCUACAAACAACUCAUCAACACAUAAUUUCAACGACUUCAACCUUUCAAGCUUUCCUUACCAGUAACAAUACUUCGAUUAUUCCAUCAUAGCGAUUUUUGCUAUUACUUUUUACAUUUUCUCCUUCGAAACUUCUGCUACUUUGAUACCCGAACCAUACUUACGACUCACCACAACCACGGAAACGGUAAAAGCAAGAUGACUUCCAGUAAUUCCAGCUUUGAUCCCUUCAUGCAGAGCAUUAAUAUUCUCAUGGCUGAUGGCAUCACGAAUGUGUCCAUCACCCCUGUCGAGAUCGACUUUUUCUACUACUACAAUGUGGCUAGUUGUAUCAACUAUGGUGCUCAAGCCGGAGCUUGCUUGUUGAUGUUCUUCGUCGUCGUCGUUCUCACCAAGACCGCCAAGCGUAGAUCCAUUCUCUUCGUGCUCAACAUCCUCUCUCUCAUUUUCGGCUUCCUCCGCGCUAUGCUCUUUGCCGUUUAUUUUGUACAGGGGUUUAAUGAAUUUUACGCCGCUUUCACAAUGGAUUUUAGCAGAGUACCGAGGUCGGCAUAUGCUUCUAGCGUUACGGGUAGUGUCAUUCCUCUUUGCAUGACAAUUACAGUCAACAUGUCUUUGUACCUUCAAGCUUAUACAGUAUGCAAAGGCUUAGACAACAUACAUCGAAUUAUCCUCACCGGCCUCUCUGGUAUCGUUGCUCUUUUAGCAAUUGGCUUUAGAUUUGCUACAACAGUUGUCAACUCCAUGGCCAUUUUGGCAACGGCUUCUUCUUCUAUGCCAAUGCAAUGGUUGGCGAAAGGGACUCUGGUUACCGAGACAAUUUCAAUUUGGUUCUUUUCCCUCGUGUUUACGGGCAAGUUGGUAUGGACUCUCUACAAUCGUCGCAGAAAUGGAUGGAGACAAUGGAGCGCCGUGCGAAUUCUCGCUGCUAUGGGUGGCUGUACGAUGGUGAUUCCUUGUAAGAUUCUCUUUUCCCGUCCAGUAAUGAAUAUGAACUAAUUUCAAACAGCUAUCUUUGCCGCCCUCGAAUACAUAACCCCUGUAUCAUUCCCGGAAGCAGGCACACUCGCUCUUACCAUGGUCGCGCUCUUACUUCCCAUUUCUGCGCUCUGGGCCAGCAUGGCAACUGAUGAAGAAAUGUCCUCUAUCGAUAUGUCCAAUCUUACCGGUUCCGGCGGCACCUACAACUCACAGUCCGGAAGCUAUUCAGGAAAGACAUGUACCAGCGAAGUCACAACACAAUCCUCCCGCCUCGAUUUCCAGUCCAGAAAGGGUAGUAAUGCUAUGGAACAAGUUACUACAAUUGACUCCGUUGUGGAUAGUCAGGCUAGAUAUGUUCCGCGAGAUAGCACGGAGUUGGAUCUUGAGGCUAUGGGCGUGCGUAUUGAUAGGUCAUAUGGUGUUCAGAAGGCAUGAGUGGAUUUAAUUACAGCUACGGAUGAGAUACCCUUGAGCUGAUAAUGAGAAUAGGUUGGGCAGUCAAAUGGAAACGGUGGAUAUUCAGGAAGAGGGCGAUGAUGAGCAUUAGGAGCGUUAGGAAUAUUUGCACAAGUGCGAAGCGGAUACAAACUUUACUUCUUCAAAUUUAUUUACACAUACAAAUACAUAGUAUUAAUUUAACAGACCUCUUGAUCAAAAGAGAUCGAUUUUACACAUCAAGACCUCUUUUAAAUACGAUGACAUGCUUCCAUUCUUCACAGAUUUGGCAAGU